AUGAAAAUAACUGAAUUAAUAAAUAAAAAUACCGAAGUAAAAAAUAUUUUAGAAGGAAUUAAACGAGAAGAAAAUAAAAGUAUAAAAAAACACUGUCAAUAUUGUGCUGAGGAUUACAAGGAAGAACUACAAUUGCAAUUAAUUGAAUUAAGCGAAAAAUACCCAACUUAUCAAGAGCAAUUAAAAAAUUUAGCCCGAGAAUUGAACCAGGUCGAAGAUCAAGGCGAAGGAUGGAAAGAAGCUGACGAAUUAACUCUUAAUCCCUUGCCGUUAAGUGAAAUAGGUAAAUAUCCAAUUAAUGUUUACUGUGACACCGAUAUUUUUCCUACUUUAUUAAUUAACCUCCAGGUACCCUCUUGUCCGCUUUCUGAAACCGAGUGCCAGCAGGUGAAGCAUCCUCAUUAUGUUUUGCGAGACCACGAAAUUACUAUUGAUAAUGAAAGUAGGAAAAUAAAAAUUGGUGAAGCAAUUAUUCAAGAAAGACGGGGUGCCAGUGCAGAUAAUCCCGAUAGCCGGGGCACGCAGGCUUUGAAAUUACUUCAUAAACUAGUGCCAGAAUUUACUGCUGUUCAUCCCAGCACCGAUAAGAAAUUAUUUCAGGAAUUGAGCAGAUAUAAAAACCCGCCCCGCUUUGAGGUUCUGCAAGAAGGAACCUUUGAGAAUGUUUGCUAUAUUGACAUCAAAUCCUGCUACGCGAACAUUAUGCGAGAUUAUCCUUUACCAUGUGGUCGACCCGAACAUCUUAAAGAUCCCCAAUUAAUCGAACAAAAUUUACAAGAAGGAAAAGGCGGGUUUGUCAAGUUUUAUUUGGAAAAUUAUGCUCUAAUUAAAAACAAUCAAAUUCCUUUUAUUCCCACCCGUGAUUAUUCUUAUGAAGGAGGCAAAAUAAAACCCGCUUUAAAAGGAAAAAAAAGACUAUUAUUGCAUACUCAAAAAAAAGGCUGUGCUAAUAAAUAUUUAGAUCAUUGUGAUCAGUUAAAAGAAAAAAAAGAAACGGAAAAAGAAGCGGUUAGUCAAUUAGCUUUAUUAAAAACUUAUUACUUAUACCGCCAAUUCCUACCAGACAAGAUAUUAACUAUUCGCAGUGAUUGUAUAUUAGUUAAAGAAACUACUGAAUUACCUCCUGAAAUAGAAAAAAAUAAUCACCUAUACAAAAUAAAACUCUUUAAAAGACUAAAAUUAAAUAAAGAAUUAGAAAUCUUUGAUUGUGAAACUGACACCUUAUUAAAAAGUCCGAAAUCAGCCAAAAUAAAAACAACCAUCACUGGUAAAAAGCAAUUAGUGGAAAGAAUUGCCCACAGCCUUAGCAAAAAAAGAAUUAAACUUGCUAAAUCGGAUAUCGAACAAGUCAUUGAAGAACUAUUACUAGAAACCAAAAAAUCCCUAAUCAAAGGUGAAGAAGUCCGUUUACUGGGUUAUUUUUCUUUUAAAACUACUAUCACUAAACCCCGUAUCGCUAUGAAUUUACAAACUAAAAAGCCCAUGAAAGUACCCGCCAAACAGGUUCCUAAGUGUAAAUUUGCCGUAGGUUUAAAAAAAGAAGUCGCAAAAAAGUAA